GCUGAGCAGCCUAGUCACUGCCUUGUUACAGUACACCCAGUCUCGGGAGGUUUGGAUUUGCGUGAGUGGGGCUGGAUCUCGCUCAGUGCGGUGAACGAGCUCGGCAGAGCGGCUGUGCGGAAGUUCUUUCAUCCGUGCUGCAGAAGGGGCUUGCUUCGCCCUCGCGAUUAUUCUCGUCACAAGUUUAUGGUUGGAUAAAAGCGGUUCAGGUGGAACUUCUGGACAGUACACCCCAACUUGAGUUUUACUACAUCCACAGUCUUCCUCAUUUAUUGUCGGGUGAUGGCGAGGCCGAGCCACAGUGAGCAUGUGCUGCAGCAGCUCAACAACCAACGGGAGUGGGGCUUCCUGUGCGACUGCUGUAUCGCCAUUGGCGACAUCUACUUCAGGGCCCACAAGGCAGUGCUGGCUGCGUGCAGCUCCUACUUCCGCAUGAUGUUCAUCCGGGACCAGCAGGGGACAGCUCGCAUGGAUCUCAGCAACAUGCAGAUCAGCGCAGAGUGCUUCGACCUCAUCCUGCAGCUCAUGUACCUGGGCUGCAUCGUGGUGGGCAGCUACGAGUUUGAGGAGCUCAAGGUCUCAAUGGCCUCCCUGCAGAUGUACUACAUCCCAGACACCCUGGAGGACCUCAGGGACAUCAGGAACACCUCCAACCUCACACCGUCCUCCUCGGCCUCCUCCUCUUCCUCCACCACCUCAUCCAGCUCCUCCUCCUCCAUUGGCCCGGCAAUUGCAGGAAAAAUGAUGUUUGGAGUCCGCAUGUACGAGCAGCAGAAGCCAAGCACCCCAGAGGGGGAGCCCAAAAGUUUGCCCAAAGUUGCCAUCACUGCUGUGCCUGUGCGACCAAGCAUUCCUGUCCCAGUCAACAGGCCUCCACUUGUGGUGGAGGAUGUGGCGUCCCCUUUGGUAGUAGUUGCACCACCGUUUCUAGACAGUGUGGCUGAGCAGCCUUGUGACCUGCGCAAGAGGCCCGGUGGCCGGAGUGCCACCCUGAAAGAGCGCCCCCGCUUCGGGCGCACAUACACCUGCGACGACUGUGGCUUUGUCUUUAGCUGCGAGAAGUUGCUGAUCGAGCACAUCCUCACCUGCACCAAUCGUAAGGCCUUUCAGGUCCCCAGGACCAGCUCCGAGGCAGACAACGACUCCAGCAAGGUGGAGAGCUCGGCCUCUGAGGGGAUGGAGGAGCACAGGGUGGUCUGCAAGGGUGAAGAGGAUUGGCCGGACCACAAGUCAGACGCUGACACAGUGAUCAGGUCCAUGACAGUUGGUACGGAUAACGAGCCUGGUUCUGCUAGGAAUAUCACCAUCAAGGUGGAGCUGGAAGAAGACGUGGUGUCUGAGAUGGAUGGCAUUAAGGUAGUUCAGGUGGGAGAGAUCAGUGCGAGGCACAGUGCACUCAGCGACACUAUGAGGGAACCGAUUAAAUUUAACCGGGAGGCAGAGGCUUGUGUUUCAGUCAUGGGCGACAGCAACGAGCCAUUCGAGGGGCACAUGUCCAGCAACAAGGAUUCUGGCAUACCUGUUAAGAUGCGCAAGAUUAAAGAGGAGAAGCAGGACGGGGACAGCGCACCGUGUGAGCUGUGCGGGGAACUGCUCACAAAGGAGGACCAGUCAGCUCACUACAUCUCUAGCCACAUGGGCCACAUCUGUGCCUGCGGGAGGUGUGGCCAGGUCCUAAUCAAGGGGAGGCAAUUGCAGGAGCACGCUGAGCGUUGUGGCGAACCUCAGGGUGCGGACACCGACUCCCAUGGGGAGGAGGGAGACUCACCCCUGCCCGAGGACCCGCAGGUCAUGGACGAUGGGCUGUUGGAGGGGGGUGACCUGGCCUGCCCCCAGUGUGGCUUGCUUUUUCAGAGUGAGAGCCUAGCAUUGGAGCAUGCUCUAGCCUGCCACGAGCAGGAGCUGUUCCGCCCCGCCCUGCUGGAGGAUGGCGGCGUCGAGCCGGACCACCGGCGCAAGCACUUCUGCGCCAUCUGUGGCAAGGGCUUCUACCAGCGCUGCCACCUGCGGGAGCACUACACCGUCCACACCAAGGAGAAGCAGUUCACCUGCCAGACGUGCGGCAAGCAGUUCCUGCGUGAGCGGCAGCUUCGGCUGCACACCGACAUGCACAAGGGCAUGGCGCGCUACGUCUGCCCCGUGUGCGACCAGGGAACCUUCCUCAAACACGACCAUGUGCGCCACAUGAUCUCGCACCUGUCGGCCGGCGAGACCAUCUGCCAGGUGUGCUUCCAGAUCUUUCCCAGCGGAGAGCACCUGGAGAAGCACAUGGACGUGCACCUGUACAUCUGUGGCGUCUGCGGGGAGAAGUUUCGCCUUCGCAAGGACAUGCGGAGCCACUACAACUCCAAGCACACCAAAAGACUGUGUCCUGCCUGAAUUUAAUGCAUCUGUUACUUAAAAGCCAUAAAUGUGAGAACAAAUUUAUGCACUUGAACACCAAAAAAAGAAAACCUAUAAAAUCUGCACUUUCAAAUUUGUAUGAAUAAUCCAAAUGUGUUAUUGCCUCAAAUUUUGGCCAUUUUGUCAUUUAGUUUCACACCCCUGUACUAAACACACAUUACUGCCAUUUGUUGACAGUGCCACAGUAGACAAAUCCUUGGCUCAUCUUUUAAGGCUUUUGGAAUCUGGUGUUUCUCAGCAAACAGCCUAUGCAAUACACAGUUCAUGGAAUGAAGUGGAUUCAACUUAAGUUCCUUGCAAAGAGGUGUGUUUUGAUUGUAAUAUGAAUCCACACUUCAAUAUAGUCUUUAUGAGUAGUUACUGUACAUAACACUUGUGCAUUUACAAUGAAGAAUGGCCUUGCCUUUGCUUUGGCGGUGCCGUGCUCUUGCUUUACAGGUGUGCAUGAGAGUGGCAUUGCAUUUCUGAACAUUGUCUGCCAGUCGAUGCCACUUUGCAACGCUCACUUCUUUGUCAUUUCAAUGUAAAGCAUUAGGGACAUGGACAAGCAUAACUGAAUAUCUCAACAAAUUGACUGAUCUGGCUCCUUGUAUUUUAAAAUGAUGCUACGAAAUGGAAAGAGAGGCAUCGUUUGUUUAGCCCAAUCAUAACAUAGGCUACAUCACGGUUUUCCAAAAUUCUGUUUUAGACAGGCUCAGAAAUUCCUGUCUUUAAAGGCCCAGUGCAGUCAAAAACGUGAUUUCCCUGUGUGUUAUAUAUAUUGCCACACUAUGAGGUUGGAAUAAUACUGUGAAAUUGUGAAAAUGAUGAUAUAAUGCCCUUUUAGUGUAAGAGCCCAUAGGGACCA